AUGGGUCCAAGAACUCUGCAUUUGUGGGGAAACCCAAUGGAAAAGAAGCCAAGCCAGGUUUCCGCAGAAAGUUUGGCUUUGUAUUGGUAUCUGUUAGAGAAUGAAACUGAAAUCGAGCUUGUAUUCUCAAAUAAUGUGUACCUAUCGACAGCUCGGCAGUUACCAUUGUUGCUAAGUGAAAAUGGUGAGCCGAUUUCUGGAUAUCACAAUAUUAUAGCCAGUUUAUGGCGUACCGAGACGAUCAAUGACCGUAAUCAGUUGUUUGAAAAUGUUCUUCUUCAUUUCGUGGAAAGUAAAAUCAAUGAAACUACAGAAUAUCAGUUAUAUUUGAAUAGACUAAAUUACUUCAAUUUUACAAGAUUGGAGUUUACAAAAUUGCUGGCUUGGCCCUUCUCCUAUAAUUAUCCAACAAGCCAACGUAAUAACCUUCGUCAUAAUUUGGGAUUGUCUGAUAAUGAGGAAGAGUCCGACAAACAGGAAGACAUCGAAGAAGAAGAUUUGACACAAUCAAAGACCUUUAAAUUACAGAAGGUGAAAAGAAAGGCUCAGAAAGAACAACUUACUGAUUUGAAAAAUAAUCUUAAAUUCAGGGAAAGGUCGUCUUCUUUGUUGAAAGAAUGGAAAGAAAUGAGAUAUUCUGAGGCCUUACUUUCAGAUAGAAGCAGGAAGAUCCCCGCCGACUAUCUACUCUACGCCAACUUAUACAUUCAAUUAAAUUUACCGGAUGGUAAGCAAAUAAGAGAAGCCAUGAAGUUAAAAUUGGAGUCAAGUUUUUGCAAUAAAAUAGAAUCUGAACUAAAUCACUAUAAUAAGCUGGCUGAUGAAAACUCUUUGAAAUUCAGAGCUCCUACAUUCGCAGAACAAAGUAACGUAGCAACCUCGCUUUAUUACCUUGCAAAGAUGUAUAUCUGA